CCUUCAUAAGAUUACAACUCGACAUCACGACGUAUAGUCGUUCGGAUGGGAAGGAAAACCGUGUAAUACUGGCGUGCACGUAAAAGACCCACUGUCAGAAUUUAAUAUAAGAUUAUAGACCGUAGCGCCGCUCUCCGUAUAGCGUAAGAUUUUACUGCAUCGAAACAUCCUUGACGACAGCAUACAAUAUAAACAUGUACAUAAAUUUAUAAAAAUAUGAGAAAUAAUAUAUAUAUUUACAAACAAGAAUUUUAAUCUAGGUUACACAUUUACUAACAGGACAUACAGGUGUUAAUCAUCUCAGAAUACACAUUUACCUCAAACUGGUCUGAUAAUGACACAACAUUCAACAUUCUGCUCCGAGUGGGUUAAUGAAAUGAAAUGUGGUAAAUUUUGCCCGGGCAGCAGCACUACGGUCAACUGUUAUAUGUAUAUCUGACUGCCAUUGCCAAGGGAUCUUUUACGUGCACGCCAAUGUCUACACGGGGCCUCGGUGUUUCGUCCCAUCCAAGCCUAUUAUGAUUAUCCAACUGAAUGGAAUGGAAGAUUCAGCUCAAACAUGCGCAAUCCUAUCAAUGCUAGAAGUAAUCAAGGUGGUCAACAAGCCAUAGAGUCUUAACGGUAGACCGAAGAAAAGGUAUAAAAGGAACAUGGAUGAUGUAUAAAUAUUUAUUAAAGAGAUUAAAAGAGAUACGAGAAGAAGAAGACAAGGAAUACAUAAAUGUUGUCAGAAGACAACAUCAUUUUGACAGUAAUCAACGAACAUGUAAUAUGACAGUUUUAUCUAUGAUUCCUAACAUCAGAGAAAUACUGAUAAAUAAAUUAAAUACAGAAGAAUAUACAACUCAACUUAAACAGAGCCCUGCUAAUAAAUUAGAAUUAUGGGCAACAUUAAAAGUCUGCAGUUUUUCACGAACGAUAUCAUCAGUGUAUGGUUGUUGUUUAAUGUCCGUUAUAUUACGAGUACAGUUAAAUGUUAUGGGUGGAUAUAUUUUCCUUGAUAACUCACAAGAUUCUCAGAAUGGAUAUAUUGCCAGAAAACAUCGAACAACAAAAGCUGUACAAGAAAGAUAUUUGUCAUUAAUUAAACAUUUUGUGGGACCAGGUUUAGAAGAUUUAAUAGAGGUGGUUAAAACUGCUACAGGUAAAGAAUUGGACAGUUUAUCAUUACGAGAUCAGUUGAGUUUAGAAAAUAUGCAGUCAUUAAUUCAACAUAUACGUGAUCGUGUAGAAGAACGUAAUGAUCUGCCGUCAACUCAUCCUCUCUCAUCGUAUCUCAUGGCCAAUGAACAGAAACCAGAUAUAGAGAUGAUUAAUAAGGAAGAAGAAAUUUACGAUAAACUGAUUCAAGAAACAAGAGAUGUGAUAGACAGCCCAGAUUUCCAGUCAGUGAUAACAGUGUGUUUAGACAAAGGUUUCUCUAAAUUAAUGGAUUAUAUAGCAGAACAUUAUAAAAAUAUUUCCAAUAAACAGACUGAUAUACAUGAUUGUGUGAUACCUCUAGCUAAAAUGGUGCCUGUUGUAAAUGGUCUGGUGUUUAAAAUCGUAGCAGAUGCUCCUAAUGUCUUUAUUCAGGAGUUAUUACUGAUGGAGGAAGUAAAGAAAUUUGCUGGUAAUAUCUAUGAAGCUUUUAGUCAGCGAGAGAAUUCCUGAAAUUUUGAGUAAUUGUUGAUGGAUAAAUUUAAUCAUUGUGCUAUUUCCAAGAAUCAAGUUUUGUGUGAAUCAGAUGUGUUUAACAAUAUAUUGAAGUCAGAUUCAGGCAAUCGAGAGUCGUCAUAAGAAAGAUUUAUAAAUUAUUACGUAUAGAAACACCAAGAAAGUUACUAAAAGAAUUUUGCUGUAUGUGACUCUGUUGUCAGAUCUUUGGCCUGAAAACCAAGUCAGUGUGAAAAGCGAUUGGUCUUACUUUCUGCACCAAUUGGGCUAAUGAAGACAGGAAAAACCCAGUGAAGUCUAUUACUCCAUGUCAUUAUAUAAGCAGUGAGGGUGUCGUACAUGAGGUGCAGUAUGCUGUCAUUCAAGAACAUCUGAUGCCACUCCUGAUACAUUUGCCACUUCAUAUUUGUUUCAGGGUUCCUCUGUUCAUCUAUUUAUUGUGUGUAACUGUCAUUUAAAGUCCCUGACCCUGACCCUGAUUAUGCAUUUUCAGUACAAUAUGUAAUUUAUCACAAUUUAAACAAGCUAAAUCUGCUUAUUGCGGGUCUUUCUUUAGGCCUUAAAUGUUAUAUAAAUUAUUAAUUAGACAUUUAUUAACACUGGUUCAUAUUGAGCUAAUUAUCUCUGAUUAUUAUCAACAUAUUCAACAUGUUAACUGAUUCCAUAUGUAAUAAAAAAAAUGUAAAAUUA